CCUUAUUUCUUCAACACUCUCCCAUAGUUACUACAAAAUUAAACCAUAUAGAUUGAAAUAUACAAUCAAAUCCAUAAUCAAUAGUACAAUGUUACUACUAUUUACUCAAAUCCUUCUCUCAUUCCUCAUAGUCACCACAAGAUCUCAAUCAACCAUAUGCAGAACUUCCUGUGGCAACAUUUCAAUCAAAUAUCCAUUCAGCAUUGAUGAUGGUUGUGGAAGUCCAUACUACAGACACAUUCUCGCAUGUUCCGACUCAGAAAAAAAACUCGAACUCCGAACACCUUCCGGUCGAUACGAAGUCCGUAACAUAUCCUAUGAUAAUCCUCACAUUAUUGUCACUGAUUCAUUCAUGUGGAAAUGCGAGGACGGUGAAAACUUUCGACCGACGCGACCCUUUAGUCUAGACACUAGCACAAAGCUGAAACUCUCUAAGCAAAAUGAGUACAUGUUUUUCAACUGUAGUGAAGAACAUGUGAUUAUCCAACCAAAGCCUGUGUUUUGUGAACAUUUUCCUGAUCACUGUGAUUCAUCAUGUGACAGUGCUAGUUAUCUAUGUAGACAUUUACCAGGAUGUUCUUUUUCUCUUACAAGUAGUUCUUGUUGUUCUUAUUAUCCAAAAGCAAGUGAAUCUUUGAGAUUGAUGCUUAAGUAUUGUACAAGUUAUGCUAGUGUUUAUUGGAGAGAUGUUGGUAUUCCUCAACCUUAUGAUCAGGUCCCUGAAUAUGGAAUUAGAGUUGAUUUUGAUAUACCUGUUACUACUCGUUGUCUUAUGUGUCAAGAUGAAUUGAAGGGUGGUGGAACUUGUGGAUUUGAUACUGUGACACAGAGUUUUUUGUGUUUGUGUAAGAAUGGAAACUCUACUACUCAUUGUAAAGAUCAAGAAAUUGCGCAGCACAAUAGGAAGGUUCAUGUAAUAGCAGGGACAGUUACUGCAUUCUCUGCUGCAGGAGCAUUAGGAAUUGGUGCUGGAAUUUGGUACUUGAAAAAAUUGAGAAAAACAGCACCAGUCACAUGUGGAGUUCAAAGUAAUGAAAAUAGACUAUUCUAAAAAUAAAUAAAUGAUGUGUAACACUCAUACCGAUUACAGAUACCGACACUGACACGUCCUUACAGACAGAUAGUAUUAUGUAUCGGUGUCUUGUAUGUGUCAACACCAAACACGUUUUUAUUCAGAAAUACCAGUUUGAAAAGGUCAUACAAAGUUACAAACUUCUUUCUUUUUGUUACUGAUGUAAGUUAAAUGUUAGAAAAUUAGUAUAUGAGAAUGUAAAGUCUUUGAAUUAUGUACUACUCAA